UGGCGGGACCAACUCACAAAAAAGAGAAAAAUACACUGUGCCAAGACUCGGACUGCAGAACAAACAACGCAUAAUAUCUUAGCAAGGAGCCUAAAUGGUUUUGAUGGCAGAAUACCAUUCGACUUCAAGACAUGGAUUAAAUUUGAUAAUUGCUGUCUGUACAGCCCUGAUGUUAAAGUGAACACGCUGUCUAUGUGUCUCACCUACCCACUGUCUGGUGUGGUAUUUGGCACAUUCAUAUCGUCAAGAGUCUGGGACUAUGCUUUAACAGUCACCCUUCUCCAUGUUGCCUUGUCCUGCCUUGUGAUGCUCAGUUUUCCAACCAACUGGUCAUGGUGGCUUUGUUUAGGUGGCAGUUGUGUGGUGAUGAUCUUGUGUGGGGAGGGUGUGGCAGGGUUACGAAGAUACAGGAAUUCUUCUCGACUGGUUGUCCCAGAAAAACAGCCAGAAACAAUCAGCUAUCUUCACAGAUAGCAGUUAACCAGUCUAUUGAGCAAAGCAAGAAUCCAGUCAAGCUAGCAUAGAAGGAAUCCAGUCAUUCAAGCAUUAAUAGACAUUUCUGCAAGGAGGAAGAUGACGCCACUGCUUUUGCAGCUAAACUAUUAGUCUUGCCAUAAUGGUAUUCCUGAUUUUAAAGCUAAAUGUUCAAGCUAUUCAAUUAAAACUUGGUAUACACAUGUUGCCAGAGACAAUAUGACUUGUAUACACACAGCAAGGCUCAUGUCACUGACUUAUACGAUUGUCGAGUUAUGUCCCUUUCAUGACGUAAAAACAAUAACAGAUGAGAUAUGGCAUUAUUUCCAUGUCACUCUUGUUAUGUAUGUACAUAAAUUAUUGUAAUUAGCCAUACAUUGUUAAGACUGCCAUGAUUUACUGAAAUAGUGCCAUCUGGUUGCAAGUGUCAUUGUUAAGGCCAUGUUUUAAUUUGUGCAUAAGAUCAUUACUUAUUUAGAUAGAGCAAACAAAUAUUCUUUGUUUCCACUGACAUCUCAAAAAUAGGUAAGGCAAGUUGGCAUAACUUUGUCCUGUUUUUGUGAACCGGGGUUCUGUACCAGACCUACCUUUAUCAAGGUAUAUCACUUUUGUAGAAAAUUCUAAAUAUGAAAUGGUCAAAUUUUAACAUGAUCACUCCAAAAAUGCACAUUUUUUAGGAAAAUAAGAAAAAAAUUCCACCCAAUGGCAAAAAUAUAGGGUUAGGAAGAUAGGGUCAGGAAGAAAAAGUGUAGGUCCAAAUUACUUGAAACAAAGAAUUUUUUUUAUGCCUAAUAUAAUGUGUUUGUGUAUACUCUGUCAAAUGUUAAUAUGAUUUUGACUUGCCAUAGAAAACACCUCUAUUAAGCAUUUUAUCUUAACUAUGUUUUUGUUGUUGAUAAUUUGUAUUGAAAAUAGUGUACCCGGUAGUUUGAAUGCCCACACUACCAUAUAUAUUUUCAGUGCUUUUUGUUGUGUGAAUUGAAAUUGUGCAAUAAGAAAAUAUGAUUAAGUUCCAUGCAUUGUCCAAACAUACCAUAGAUCUGCAUGAACAGUGCUGGAUUUUUAAAAGGCUUCAAUUAAAUAAAAUGAAAUAAAAUUGUAAGUUGUAUUGUUGAAGAUGAAAAAUCGUAUAAUGUGAUGAAGUACAAAAUCUGUUUUUGCAAAUAAAACUGAGUAUGAACAAAAAGAAACUUUCCUUUGUGUU